AUGUCUGGUGACAUUGAUGCGCCUAGGUCACCGUAUGGCGAGUAUGAGGAUCUUUAUUUGGGCGGACACCAAGACUCUAUGUACAUCGACAAUCCAUUGGGCGAACCGAUACACGCCGCAUCCAGUGAAGGGUACCUCUCGAGGCAGCUUUCACCAGCCAUAUUCUACCAUCCGAGUCCGGGUUCGCUGGCCAGAGUAUCUUCUUUAGGGACCGACGAUGGCAUGAGCCAGAGCAGCUACCAAGAUUCACAACAACAAUCAGAGCCAUCCCCUCCACCAGGCCAAAGCCAUCCCCAUGAUCAUGUGGCAUCUGCGAGCACCACCGCUCGGAGUUCGCCAUGCGAGCCUGGCGUCACACAUAGCAGCAAGCAGUUGGCAAAGAGCGACUGGGACGCUGCAAAGCCCACGAUCUACGCUCUAUACGUUACCCAGAGUCUCAAGCUGAACGAAGUGAGGAGGCGAAUGGAUGCACAAGGAUUUUCUGCGAGCGAGUCGAUGUACAAGAAGCAUCUAAUAGCAUGGGCCAAGGAGGACCCUACGUGGAGGAAACAGAAGUACACAAAGUCAGGAGACAAGAAGCGCGUCAGAAGAGCAAGGCCACAACCGUUACUACCAAAUCCCACCUCCGCGGCGACCAUUCCCAGUCCCGCCCCUUCGCCAUUUGCAUCACUGCCCGAUCAGCUCCAGCAGGCGCUGCUCCUCAACACCAGUGCGCUAUACCGCCGCGGCAUGAUGAUGGGACAGUGGAGAAUCCAAGACGCCCUGUUGAUACAGGAGGACGAGUACUACGACUUGUUCGUCGCGGCUUUCGACACGCUAUACGACAUCGACCCCUCAGAUGCACCUGGUAGAGAGGCCGGCAUAAGCAAGACAUUCUCCUACCUGCGACGCUCAAUACAAGAGUGCGGGUUCUACACGGUGCCCACGAUGUUCUCGACGCUCCUCAUGAUCUUCCGGAAGGGCGACAUGCAAUUCGCCUCGGCGUACGCAGCAGAAGCCUUCAGGCUGGCCGAGGCAUUGCACCCGAACACGUACCUGCACUACCUGCUCCGUGACCUGUUCAAUCUGGUCCGGGCGGACGAUUCGCGCGUCGAGAAGGCCCUGUUGUCGGCCUGGAAGCAGUGCAUCGACGACGCCACGGCCGGGCUCGCGGGACUUCCUUUCUGCCACCUGAGCGUGCUCAUGCUGCGGAUCUACUACAUAAACCAGACCGCGGGCUCCAAGUACGAAGACGACCUGGCAAACGAGGCGCAACGGAUCGUCGCGGCGCUGGAAGAUCUGACGGAGCUCGCCGAGCAGAUCUACGAGCGUGACGACGAGGUGGUGCUGGAGAUCCUGGGGCAGAAAGCGCUCGCGCGGGGACUCGGCUCGCAGCCCACAAACGACCUGGAGGACCUGCAGGAGCGGAUCGCGAGUCGGCAGGAGAAGAACGGCGGCCAGCUGCAGGCAGGUCUCGUGCAGAAGUGGCAAAACCACAGGCACGUCCUGAAGCUGUACGCCGUCUCUGAAGACGACGACGAGGUCGCUUGGAUUAUGAAGGCUGUGUCGUGUCUGGGAGCCGGUAGUUCCCCGGAGGGAAGUGCAGAUGGCCCAUGUGUUGCAUAUUCCCGAGAGAAUGUACUAUACAAAGCGAUGUGA